AUUUGCGUUGAGCUCGCCUCUGUGAACAAGAAGCGAGAGGUAGCGCGCGAGAGAUCACUGUGGCAAGAUGUUGCGUUUUAUUCUCACCCUGACCAUCUGCAUCAGCAACGUAUAUCAGCUGUCUGCAAGCGAAGGUUACGAUAGCCAUCCUGUGACAAAUAGUGGAGAUGCUGAGAGAUUGCUAAGAACUAGAAACACGUAUUUCGGCCUCACUUCCAACCAGUAUGACCGCCAUUUCGACAAGGUUGCUAAGCAUGAGCCGCGCGGCUACGAUGUUGGUGACUGUAAUACUGCUCACGGCUAUGUAAGGGUCUACGGACAAUGCCAGAAAGUGCCAAUGUUUGGAGAUCCGUGUCACAUGGACGACGACUGUGAACGACCAAAUCACUUACGUGGAGCUGAGAGUAACAGACCUGUAUGCGACCGAGCAAAGAAAGCGUGUCACAUCGGAAGUGACCUCGGAGGUUUCUGCCUGAGUAACAGUGAAUGCAUGCUGGGUGCACUGGUUACCGAUGUCACUGUUUGUAAUAGUAACGAUGAGACUGUUGGUAGAGGAUACCCUAGAAUCUGCAACCUUUACACGCACUCCUGUGUUUGCAACUCGUAUGUCACCGACCAAGAGUGCAAAGAUGCAGCGUCACUCACCGUGACAUGCGAAUUUUGUGAUAGGUAACUGUGUCAUUGCGGAACCAGCAUAUAUAUAACCACCAUACUACCACGAGAAACAAAACUGGCUAGAAAUAUGAAUUGAAGCGAUAUUUUACUUGUAUCUGUUAGAUUUGUAGUUUUCUAUAAUAAUUGUUGGUUUAAAAAUGUCCUUUUACAGUAUUAUCAUGUACGUUGCAUAUUAUAAUUACGUAAGUUGUUAUGAAUAUUGUGAAUAAAAACAACUUCGUAUGUUUGUCGUAACAUUCCCCAGAAUUUAAAUCUCGUCUAAUUUAUCUGAACGAUGCUAUCGUUUGUAGAGGCUACUUAAUUGAAAUAAAUAUUAGGAUCGGUAUUAAAAAUAUUUAUUUGUAUUCCAAAGCCCGACUUACAUAUCUCAAUAAUUUACAGCUGCAUUUUUUUCAAAUUUACGAAAUAUAAUAAAUACUAAAUAUGGAA